GCCGCUGCCGCGAACGCGAUUCGGGGCGAGCCCGGCGGCAUCGGUACUCCGCGGGGGAGGAAGCCCGGAGGUUCGGCUUUGGAACAGAUGAAGGACAAGCUCUCUUCCACCUUACUCCACGGCAAUGCCGUCCCCUAUGUCAAACGCAGUAGGAGUAUGCCGCUCGUUAUUACAAUGAAAAAUGCCCCCUCCCCAUAUCAAAACGGAAAUCUGUGAUGCAGAUUUGUGGCCACAAGUCAGCUUUGUGAUGCUAGAGGGCAAAAGAUGCGGACUGUAGUUCUGUGUAGCGUGGGAAAGCCUUGCAGCUCCAGGAUGACAGGAGGCAACUCGAAGCGGGAAACACCAUGACGGAUUACCUGCAAGUUAGGCCGCAGCUUCGUCUCUUGGCCUUCUAGCAAUACAAGUCGAUUUGUGUACUCAAAUACAGCAUCCUAGAUCGCUGCCACGCGGAGCCACCCCCGUAUUUCACCCCCAGGGUGUUGUGGACCUGGCAAAACCGAUGAGUUCGGGCUGCUGACUGUUCCACCUCCUCCGAGUGCGAUCAUGUUACGCCUCACGCCUUAAAUACAGCAUCACAAAUUCGCGGAUCUUCCGUUUCGAUAGGGGGUGGGGGCUUUUUUCACUUUGAUACUCUUGCGGGCGGGGCUCCGACGGGAAGAGUUGCACGAGGUUGCUGGAUCAUUUUCAAAAAGUGGUACUUCUUCUUUCUCAUCCCACGACAGUCGAAAGCCGGGGGUACCUGAGUGGGUGCAGCCAUAUCUUCGGACGCCUUUUCCAAGCAAACACUUCAUAACGGAGUGGAAUAUGUUUCAUAUCACCUCCUGGCCCUUGUGGUGCUCCGCAGUCGGCAUCGCGUUUUCCACGAAGCCGAACCCUUUCCGUACAGAAGACUUGUGUUUACUUUCGUUUCACUUCCCGUUCAUUUUCAUAAAUUUGUGUCUUCGUAGUUGUCCUUGGGCAGGACUAGGCUCGAACCUAAAUGUUUUCGAGUUCUUCUUUUCUCUCUCGCACGCUCGCAUUUCCGAAAUGCGCACUUCGUGCUUUUACUUUACUACCUCCCGCUUUUCGUGCGUACAGUUAUACUCUAGUAUCGCGGAUGAACCAAUGUUUCCACCAAAGGCUUCGCUUGAUGUAACAUAUUCAAACAGAUCUGAGUCCCAGCGCAGACGGACGUGUCCGGGCCUGCGUGAUGACCUUGGCACGAUUGAUGCGGAUGAUUCGUCGCGAGAGCAACUUGCAAUCGGAGGACAUUUUUCUGGUUUUCGUGAUGAGUAUCGAGUUUUUGGUGCAGGCCUUCCGGGUGGCUUUCGGAGAUCCCCACGUGCUUCAAAAGUACGGAGACGACCAAACGCGACAAAGGUGGCGCCGAUUGCUGUACGCAUUUGGAUAUCAAACUCAAAAACGUUUGGGUCUGGCAGGAAGCUAGACACUUGCCAUGCAGUUUUUGCGUUUGCGCGAAGGUCUGCAAAGCGCCGAGAGCAUGACAAAUUCUGCAGAGCAUGUCUAGUCUGCAUCAGAAGACAAAGAUCGCCCAUCUUUUGCUAACUGUGUACAAAACACAGAUUUACUUUUUAUUUCCCCUCCUGUGAGAAUCCGCAUCAGAAGUAGUUAAGUUUGCAUUCUAUCUUCCAGGCCCUUGCAAUGCAUAUUGGAAUUCCCACCGUAGUCACGACUGUGGUCUACGUAGCGCACGCCCACUGCUUCGACCGAGGUAUUGCGUGGCCCGCCUGGAUAUCAACCGCAAAUAUGUUUCGGUCUGAAAGAUAAUUGCAAGACUUAUCAUGCAGCAGAUUUUCCAUGACGCGCGAGCGCGACGUCAGGUGUACAGGACCUAGCAAGACAGAUUCCGUGAGCCCUCUAUCAUGCUUCUCCUGUGUGAAAAACUGCCUGUAAACUUGUUCAAGAGUUGACAAGCUUCGGCGAUCACGCAUCACACAUUUUUGCACGAUCCAAAUUUACCACGACAAACUGCAUCCUUCCAGACCAGAUAUAUUCGCAUUCGAUACUGCCCGGAGUGCUCGCGGUUGAAGGCGCGCAACUGCAAGAAGUUAUGCAAGAAAAAACUGUGAAAGUAAAGUCUGUAAUGCGCCGUAAAUAUGUAACGCAAUUAUCACUUGUCAUGCUGGCCGCAGCCGGCCCGAGUGUCCUCUUUUUAUACGUGUUUCCACGUACUGGCUGUGGAUGACAGGAUUUUUCUGCCAUGCUGAACCAUUUCGGCAUGCAUGCUGUUUCCCGAAGACACCUACAUGACUUUUUUCUUGGAUAGAAGUGCCUGCGUAUGCAUUGCAAAAAAUAUGUCAGGGUUCUUUCAGCAAAGAGCGCGUUGUCCCGAUGCGUGUUGCGGGAUCUCACACAAAAAUCUGUCUUGCCUGACUUGCAAAAGAUGCGUAAGUAUUUCUGGCCAUUCUCCUGAAGUCAGAUUUUUCACGUAGAAGAGGCAGUACCAAGGGGCUGCAGAACAACUUCUGAUGCUAAGCCACGCACUGCAGACAUACUUUGUAGAGCUUGGAAAAAUUCUAAUUCCAGGCCACCCAGACAUAUUUGCAGUUGAUACUGCGGAACAUUCUCUUGCUCACACGGCACAGGUUCUCCCCGGACACGAGGCACUUUUACGCCAAGGAUCUCUUCUCCGAGCUGCAGAGGAGCAGGACCACGAUUGCAUAGAUUUUUUUUCAGCGUCAAUCAAAUAA